GCUGGACGCCGAAUCUACUCGUACUGCUACUGGAGGUUGAAACAGGCUACAGUUUCCUCUGAGUUUGAACAAAGGGGCGUUUUGUGAUCCCUGCUGCAACAGUACCGGCGAGUGCGGCUUGGACUGUUCUCCAGGGCCGGUUGACUUCCUUUACGUGGAUUUCCUCCUACAUUUGUUUGAGACAGCUGCCAGCGUCCCUCUUUUUACCUGCAAAGGCUGUAUCCAAGGGUUUUCUAUCUUACAGCUGCUGCCACCAGCAUUUUGAGUUGCUGAUACAAUCCCAGAGAGCGAGGAGUCCCCAACUGUCCCUAUCACUAGCUAUUGUCUUUAUCGUGCUGUCCCGACCGUACCUACCAGCUGUCAACCCCCCUCAGUCAACGCAAAUCUUGCUGUUUCCGUUUUUGCUUGUUUGCUGCCUUCCAGGAUAGCAAGCCACCAUUGUUGUAUAUCUACUGGCCUGAUAUACACGGAAGUCUUUGAAGAUGGAUGACUUGAUACUAAAGUUGAUAUCAUUUUUUGCUCUUAGCUUGGUCAUGGUUGUUGCGAUCCCAUUCUCUUGGGGAUACACAUGUGAAGAAGAUGUUUAUGCUAUUAGUAGCCUGCACACAGCACUUGGGUAUCCCCUUCUUCCAGGAUGGACCCCUUUUGGAGGAGACCCUUGCCUUCAAGGAUGGCAAGGCGUCCAAUGUGUCGGGCCAAAUAUAACUGCAAUCGUUAUCAAUGAUGCAAAUCUAGGAGGAGAAUUAGGUGAUAAACUUGGAAAUUUUACUUCUAUUAUUACAUUAGAUCUUAGCAAUAAUCAUAUCGGUGGAACCAUUCCGAAGAAUUUGCCUCUUACUUUAAGGCAACUUUUUCUGUCAUCCAACCAACUCACUGGAAGGAUCCCAAGGUCUUUGGAAAAUUUAACUCUUCUUUCUGACGUGUCGUUUAAUGAAAAUUUGUUAAACGGAGAACUGCCAGAUUCUUUCCAGUCACUUGCUGGUCUUGUGAACUUGGAUGUUUCUUCUAACAAUUUGAGUGGUCCAUUGCCACCCUCAUUCACCAGCUUAUCAUCGCUUACCACCUUACAUAUUCAGGAUAAUCAUAUCUCUGGAAUCCUUGAUGUUUUGCAAGAUCUACCUCUCAUAGAUUUGGACAUUGAGAAUAAUCUGUUUUCCGGACCUGUUCCAGAGAAGCUCUGGAACAUUCCAAAUUUCAAAUCAAAUGGAAAUCCUUUUAAUACAACUGUGGCACCAUCAGCGGCUCCAACUCAGGCAUUAUCUUCCUUAGUUGCACCUGUUCCUUCUCCUUUUCCUUUUGAUGCACCCACUCGCCAUCGUACCCCCACCCGCCAUAGUGGAACAAGUUCGACUGUUAGAAAAAAAUCAACUAUGAUUUCCAUUGCGUAUGCUGCUGUUGCGGUAAUGGUUAUAAUUGCUGUUCUCCUGGCUCUAUUUUGUGCAUUGAAGCUGCGGGAAAGACGCCUUAAAUGUGAGUGUUUUCCCAAGAGUCAUAAAAAAGGGGCGCCUAAAAUAACCAUGGCGCAUUUAGGCACCACUGAUUUGCCUUCAACAAAUUGCAAUAAAGAAGAAUCUCCUGCAGGUUUGAGGCCAAUUAUGGCUGAAAAAGGUUUUCCAAAACACAUUGCUUCAUUAGAGAAAUCAGAAAGUUAUCUUUGUUUUGAGAAAGGAAGGCCUCAAAAAGGAAAUUGUACUCCCCCAGCUUCCAUAACAUCGUUUUCUAUUGCAUCACUUCAGCAAUAUACCAAUUAUUUUGGAGAAGAACGUCUGAUCAAAAGCACUUUUCUGGGAAGCGUGUAUAUGGCUGAGUUGUCUGAUGGCAAGCUAUUAACAGUUCUGAAAUUUAAUAAUCCGGCCUUAAACGUAAUUGCUGAUGACUUUCAUGACUUAGUGUCACGCAUUUCAAAGCUUCAACAUCCAAACAUCAUUGAGCUUGUGGGUUAUUGUUCUCAAUUUGGACAGAGGCUGCUUAUUUUCAAAUAUUUUAGCAGAACUACCCUUCAUGAUUUGCUUUAUGAUUUUUAUAAGAAGAGAAUAUCAUGGAAUUCUCGAAUUCAAAUUGCACUUGAGGCUGCCAAAACGGUGGAGUACCUACAUGAGUUCUGCAAACCUCCUCUCAUACUUAGAAGUCUGGAGCCUUCCAGUAUUCUCCUUGAUGAAGAUCUUGCUGUAUGCAUUUCUGAAUAUAGUCUGGCUUCGUUUGUACUAUCCAACUCCUUAAACCCGUUUUCAGGUGACUUGAGAGCGCCUACAGGUUAUGAUGCACCGGAAAUUAGCGAGUCAAGGUCUUAUACUGAUCGAAGUGAUGUUUACAGUUUCGGUGUGGUUAUGUUAGAGCUUCUUACUGGUCGUCAACCAUAUGAAAGUUCAUAUUCUCGUGCAGAGCAGCAUCUGGUAAGAUGGGCCAGCCCACACCUGUAUGACAUCAAUGCAUUAUCAAGAAUAGUGGAUCCUUCUAUUGAUGGUGUGGUUUCUCUAAAGUCAUUAUCUCGCUUUGCAGAUAUUAUUGGUCGUUGCAUUCAGCAAGCUCCAGAAUUCCGGCCAUCAAUGUCUCAGAUUGUGCAAGAUUUAAUCCUCGUGUUAAAAGAUGCAACAAUUUGUUAACAGAUUGUGCAAGGUAUGGGUCGCUAUGUAAUUUGCAAAACUAAUCUUAUUAGCUUACUAUUUAUUUGCAAAAAAAUACUUUGUCGGCACAAUAUGUGCAUUAUUACUUUCUUCCUCAUAUGUUCUGUUUGUAACUUUGCUAAAGCCGGUCUGGAUGAACAGAUUGUUUUAUAUUU